UGCACAAGAAACCAAACUCCCAGUAUGAAGGAAACCAUAGUCCUACGUAAUACAAGCCAUUGCUGAAUUUUUCUUCUUUUCGCUUGAAAACGCAUUUUAACCAUGUUGAGUGGUGCCGGAUUCAUUCUAUCUUCACCCGGAAUUUUGAAAUUAAUUUCUUUGCUGUGCAUGAUAAUCGGAGGGUUGAUUUUUGUUACGGCUGGAGACUGCAGAGAGUCGCAAUUUUGGGCUGUCACAUAUAUAAUUUCUACAACAGUUAGCGCCGUUUUGUCUAUGGUAUCAUACACAAUUUAUGCGUUGAAAUUGAUAAAAUCACCAAACGCUCUGAAAGCACAGUAUAUCGCAGAGAUAACGUUCGCAUAUGCCGCUUUUCUACUGCUGUUGAUUGUCUCAACUAUCAUGAUGACACAAUGUACGAACAAAUUUGCCAUUGAUUACGUACCUGGGCCACUGACGAUUAUUGGGGCAAUACUGCUAGCAAUAGGAGGAACGCAGCUUUUCUUGUAUUGGCGCUCAAAGGAGAACAUCGAUGAUAUUCAGAUGAAUAUUCCGCGACAUUCGCAACCACGCAACAAUCCGCAUCUUUCGAGAAAAUCAAUUCUUAUUUAACGUAUGACGUACUUUUUUAUUUAAUGAAAUAGUAAUAAAAAUGCAACAAAAA